AACGUGCAUCCAGGGUUGGGAGUCCAUAGUCGAGCCGUGGAACACACGGCUUGAAACAACUCAACUACUUUUUUAUUUUCGGGAGCAGAGAAGUCUUGUGUAUCACAAGAUGAGUGACGCCAAGCAGAACCUGUUGCUGUUCUUCGACCGGCCCUCGGAGCCCUGCUUCAUGCAGAAGGGCGAGGACAAAGCUGUCUUCGAGAUACCCGAUCAUUACUACCCGGAGAAGUACAAGAGGUUGAGCAACACGCUCGCGAACCGCUUCGGCGACGACGCGGGCCGCAGCAUCCCGGUGCGGAACAUCGCGCUCCCCAACCUGGCGCUCCCCAUGGAGCUCGACUACAACGCGCAGUUCUCGCUCUUCGUGCCCAAGCACAGGCGCAUGGCUGGCAAGCUCAUCGAUAUAUUCAUGACCAUGCGUGAUGUGGAGGACCUACAGUCAGUCUGCUCGUUCUGUCAGCUGCGCAUCAACCCCUACAUGUUCAACUACUGCCUCUCUGUGGCUAUCCUGCACAGGCCGGACACAAAAGGUCUGAACAUCCCGACCUUCGCGGAGACGUUCCCCGACAAGUUCAUGGACCCCAAGGUGUUCCGCAAGGCGCGCGAGGUCAGCAACGUCGUCACCUCCGGGAACAGGAUGCCGGUGACCAUCCCCGUGAACUACACGGCGUCCACCUCUGAGCCGGAGCAGCGCGUGGCGUACUUCCGCGAGGACAUCGGCAUCAACCUGCACCACUGGCACUGGCACCUCGUGUACCCCUUCGACGCGGCCGACCGCGCCAUCGUCAACAAGGACCGCAGGGGGGAGCUGUUCUACUACAUGCAUCAGCAGAUCAUUGCCAGAUACAACAUGGAGCGGCUGUGUAACGGUCUGGGCCGCGUCCGUCGCUACCAGAACUUCCGCGAGCCCAUCGAGGAGGGGUACUUCCCCAAGCUGGACUCGCAGGUGGCCUCGCGCGCCUGGCCGCCACGGUUUGCCGGCACUACGAUCCGCGACCUGGACCGUCCCGUGGACCAGAUCAGGUCGGACGUGUCCGAGCUGGAGACCUGGCGGGACCGCUUCGUGCAGGCUGUCGAGACUAUGUCCUUUGCCAUGCCCAACGGGCGGCAAGUCCCGCUGGACGAGGAGCGCGGGAUCGACGUGUUGGGCAACAUGAUGGAGUCCUCCAUCGUCAGCCCCAACCGCGCCUACUACGGGGACCUGCACAACAUGGGACAUGUCUUCAUCUCCUACUCGCACGACCCCGACCACAGGCAUCUGGAGCAAUUCGGUGUGAUGGGUGACUCGGCCACGGCCAUGCGUGACCCCGUGUUCUACCGCUGGCACGCCUACAUCGACGACCUGUUCCAGCUCUACAAGUACAAGCUCUCGCCCUAUGGAGACGAUAAGCUGGACUUCCCGGGCAUCCGCGUGUCCAGCGUGAGCGUGGAGGGUCCGGCGGGGCCCAACACGCUGUCCACGUUCUGGGAGCUCAGUACUGUGGACCUGGCGCGGGGGCUGGACUUCACGCCCAGGGGCUCCGUGUUGGCCAGGUUCACGCAUCUGCAGCAUCAGGACUUCAACUACGUUAUCGAGGUUAACAACACGGCGGGUCAGAGUGUGAUGGGUACAGUCCGCAUCUUCCUGGCGCCCACUGUCAACGAGGACGGCGAGCCGCUCGCCUUCGACGAGCAGAGGAGGCUCAUGGUCGAGCUCGACAAGUUCACCGCCGGCUUACGUCCGGGCAACAACACGAUCCGUCACCGCAGCUUGGACUCGUCUGUCACCAUCCCAUACGAGAGGACCUUCAGGGACCAGUCGAGCCGGCCCGGCCAGGCUGGGUCUGCGGAGGCGGCGGAGUUCGACUUCUGCGGCUGCGGCUGGCCGCACCACAUGCUGCUGGCCAAGGGUACGCCUGAGGGUUAUCCUGUCGUCAUGUUCGCCAUGGUGUCCAACUGGAACGAGGAUAGGGUGGAGCAAGACCUGGUAGGUUCAUGUAACGACGCGGCGUCGUACUGCGGCAUCCGCGACCGCAAGUACCCGGACCGGCGCGCGAUGGGCUUCCCCUUCGACCGGCCCGCGGCCGCCGCCAGCCUGCAGGACUUCCUGCGGCCCAACAUGGCCGUGCGGGACAUGGCCAUACGCUUCACAGACACCACGCGGCCCAGAGCUCGCCGGUAGGUGACACACGCACACCUGACAACUGACUACAUGGUUACAUAGCGGGUACUAGCAGAUAAACUUCACAUUUUUCAGUACUAUUUGUUUCUACUCAAAACUAAAAGUCGCUAAGAUUGAAAAAUAAUGGAUAUUUCAUGUCGCUCCAUGUAUGCCAAGUGUUAAGUGUUAAUCAGGAUAUCAAAACCUUAAAAUUUAAGAAUGAUUAUGGUCAAUACGGUUAUGAAGGCUGUAACUAAGUGACAUCCUACAAAAACGCCUUACAUUCAACAAUCAUUCAUGGAAAGGCCAAUUAAUGUAAUAAAUUGAAAAAACUACCUAGAUACUCAAAUAUUGCAAUUACAUCACUGCUUAUGACAAUUAUGUAAAAACAAAUACUAAUGUGCAAUACAAGCAAAAAAUUCCAACUUUAGUUGAAAUGUCUACUAGCGCCACCUAGUGAGUAACGCAACACCUUGUUGUGUAGGAGUGAGUCCCGCGAGAAGCGCCAUCUGUCGUGCGGCUGUGAGCCACUCGCGCCCGCCUCGCCGCCAGGGCUUAGGAAACCUUACUAUUAUACUAAAUGUAGUCACAAGCACUACAAUUACAUUUUCAAAAAAUAACUUGUUUAUCAAAUACUAGAGAAACUUCUUAAGUUUGCUAGUAAGGUGCUCAUUUAUUAUAAAAGUAAUAUCUAUAGGUGGCAUUUGAAUUUCAGUUUCUGUUCGAUGUGUUGCAGUCUUAUAAAUUUCAAUACAGAUUUGAUGUAUAAUAUACAUUGCUUAGACAUGUAUUUUAUAAAUUAUUUUCAUAAUGUAAUUCUGUAUAAUAUCCUGUCUAUGUAAAUCUGUAGUGUGACGACCUCGGCAAGUCUCAACGGAUUAUGAUAACUAUUUAAUCACUUUCUUUUAUAUAAUUUAGUUUUAAGUAAACGGGUCUGUAAAUAAUUUAAAUAGUUUUAAGUGUUAUGUACAAAGUGUAAAUACUUGUGUUAUUGAGACUGAAUAAAUUAGCCUUUUACCAAA